AUGUCUUCUGCUGGGUCUAUUGAGCAGAAACUCAAGGCUCUGGAGAGCCUGUCAGCUUGUGAUGUUUCAGAUGCAUUGGUGAAAUUACAAAAAGUGCCUCCCGGCACUCCAGUAAGAGCAGGACAAUUGGCCGACAUUACCCCGAUAUCCCCUUUCAUUGGCCGACAGCCAAAUAAACCCAAGAUAAUUGCACCAGCGGUGACCUUCAAAUUCAUUCCCAAAGGCGAGGCUGCUCCAACAGUCGCAGAUCCUGAAAAGAACGGCUUCCCACCUGGGAAGCAUUGGGUUGACUGGAAUCAACAAGGCACUAUCGCGGUUCUUGAUCAGCCGGCGGAACAGUAUUGUGCUGUGCUCGGUGGGAUCAUGGCGGCGAGAAUGUCGUAUAUUGGAGUCAAGGCUGUUGUGGUUAAUGGAAGGGUUAGAGAUUUAGCGGAAUUGAGUGCUUCGGGGUUGCAUGUAUGGUCAAAAGCAACAUCUACAGUAGGUACCGGAGCAGAGGCCAAAGCGGGCUUGCGAAAUGUGCCCAUUGACUUUAAUGGCGUGACCGUUGAUACUGGAGACAUCAUCUUUUGUGACCCGCUGGAAGGUGUCGUGGUAAUACCAAGAAACCUGCUUGAUGAUGUCUUGGAGUUGUGCCCAAAACUAAUGACUCAGGAUGACAAAGUCAAGGCGGACGUGGAGAAGGGAACUGCUUCAGCUGUUGAUCAGCAGUGUGUUCCUCAUCGCUGUUACCUGGUUCGAUCGUUCGGUCUACGGCUCUUCUGGCUCUCGAGGCCAGCAAUCCUUUACAACAUGGCUCCGAAAGAUACGUUCUUCCGCUCGGCGGACAUGAGCUUGACUCAGCUCUAUAUCGCAAAUGAAAUCGGUCGAGAGGUUGUAAGCGCUUUGGGUGAAGUUGGACAGGUCCAGUUCCGAGAUCUUAACCCGGAUACGAAUGCAUUCCAGCGUACUUUCACUAAGGAGAUCCGACGGCUCGACAACGUCGAAAGACAGCUACGCUAUUUCUCCUCGCAAAUGGAGAAAGCAAACAUCACCAUGCGACCCUCCUCCGAGUUUGGCAAUACGCUUACUGCCCCGUCCUCUGCUGAAAUCGAUGAGCUUGCCGAACGAAGCGAAAGCCUCGAACAACGCAUCGUAUCGCUGAAUGAUAGCUAUGAGACAUUGAAGAAACGUGAGAUGGAGCUUACCGAAUGGCGCUGGGUUUUGAGGGAAGCUGGAGGGUUCUUCGAUCGCGCACAUGGGCAUACCGAAGAAAUCAGGACAUCUGUGGACGGGGAUGGCGAUGAUGCUCCACUUUUGCAAGACGUUGAACACCAGGUUGGGCGGGACCAGAACGGCGAAACGCAAGGCCAGCAGUCUUUCUCUGUCAUGAAUAUUGGCUUUGUUGCUGGUGUCAUCCCCAGAGAACGCAUCGGUUCAUUUGAGCGCAUUCUGUGGCGUACUUUGCGUGGAAACUUGUACAUGAACCAAUCUGAGAUUCCAGAGCCGAUCAUCGAUCCUGCUACGAACGAACAGAUUCACAAGAAUGUCUUUGUCAUCUUCGCUCAUGGAAAAGAGAUUUUGGCGAAAAUCAGAAAGAUUUCCGAGUCGCUCGGAUCAAGUCUCUAUGGUGUGGACGAGAACAGCGAACUUCGUCGUGACCAGAUUCACGAAGUCAACACUCGCCUUGGAGACGUCGAAAGCGUUUUGAGAAACACUAAGAAUACGUUGGAUGCUGAGUUGACUCAGAUUGCUCGCUCACUCGCUGCGUGGAUGAUUAUCGUCAAGAAAGAAAAAUCCGUGUAUCAUACACUGAACAAAUUCUCGUAUGACCAGGCUAGAAAGACUUUGAUUGCGGAAGCUUGGGUCCCGACCAACUCUUUGUCAUCGAUCAAGUCAACUCUCCAGGACGUUAAUGAUCGCGCUGGAUUGUCAGUGCCUACCAUCGUCAACCAGAUUCGAACGAACAAGACACCUCCGACUUAUGUCAAGACAAACAAGUUCACGGAAGCAUUCCAAACGAUCAUCAAUGCCUAUGGUAUCACCAAGUACAGUGAAGUCAAUCCUGGUUUACCCACAAUUAUCACUUUCCCAUUUCUUUUCGCCGUCAUGUUUGGUGAUUUUGGUCAUGGGUUCUUGAUGACUCUUACUGCUACCGCUAUGAUUGUAUUUGAGAAGACACUUUUACGGACCAAGUUGGACGAGUUGACGUACAUGGCGUUCUAUGGUCGUUACAUCAUGUUAAUGAUGGGUAUCUUUUCGAUGUACACCGGUUUGAUUUACAACGAUGUCUUUUCUUUGUCUUUUGAGAUCUUCCCCAGUCAGUGGCAAUGGCCUCGUAACAUCGACGAGGGUCAAGUUGUGCAGGCGACUUUGAAGCAGGGUUACCGCUACCCAUUCGGUUUGGAUUGGAACUGGCACGAGGCCGAAAAUGCGUUGCUAUUCACAAACAGCUACAAGAUGAAGCUCAGUAUUCUCAUGGGAUGGGCUCAUAUGACCUACUCGCUUUCUCUGCAAUACAUCAACGCUCGUCACUUCAAGUCCAAAGUUGACGUUCUCGGCAAUUUCCUUCCGGGCAUGAUCUUCUUCCAAUCUAUCUUCGGCUACCUCGUCUUUACCAUUGUCUAUAAAUGGUCUAUCGACUGGAAUGCUCGAGGAGACUCUCCACCUGGUUUGUUGAACAUGUUGAUCUUUAUGUUCCUCAGCCCCGGAACAAUCGAACAACAGCUCUACCCAGGACAAGCUGGUGUUCAGAAAUUCUUGCUAGGAUUGGCUGUGUUACAGGUUCCUAUCAUGCUCCUUCUCAAACCACUUUGGCUACGAAGAGAGCAUAAUCGGGCUAGAGGUCUCGGUUACCAAGGAAUUGGUGAACGUGCCCAUGUGAGUGCUUUGGACGAAGAUGGAGAUCUUAAUGGUCGCGCUUCCGAAGGGCGUGACAGUAUAGCUAGCGAUGGCGAAGGAGUUGCCAUGAUUGCGCAGGACAUCGACGAGGGUGAGCAUGAAGAGUUUGACUUUUCAGACGAAAUGAUCCAUCAAGUCAUCCAUACCAUCGAAUUUUGUCUCAACUGUAUCUCUCACACUGCAUCUUAUCUCCGUCUGUGGGCACUGUCACUUGCUCACCAGCAACUCUCCAUCGUUCUCUGGACCAUGACUCUCGGCGGUUCUUUCGGCAUUGAGAGCCCAACUACCCGUGUCAUCAUGAUCGUUGUCGGCUUUUAUCUCUGGUUUUUCUUGACCGUGGCCAUUCUGUGUGUCAUGGAAGGCACCAGUGCCAUGUUGCACUCGUUGCGUCUGCACUGGGUUGAAGCCAUGAGCAAGCAUUUCAUUGGAGACGGUAUUCCGUUCCAGCCGUUUAGCUUCAAGACACUUCUUGAAGAGGAUCCUGUUGAUUAA